ACCCGUGAGCCCGCGUCCUAGCAAAUAUCACCGCUGACAUUGGCUGAGGGUUUUAAUAAAUUUAUUUCUCGUUGGUUAGAUGGUUAUUGUUUGCUUUUUUAAACUCAGUUAGAACUCUGGAACCUAUUAUGGCUGCUGUUAUUGGAAUAGGUUUGCGUGGUUUGUGUGGCUUACGCCAAACUGUAGGUCGUCAAGUCGCUGUUGGGACAUGGCUCCACAGUCAAAAGCUAUCCACUUCACCUAUCUCAGGUCAGGCUACAGGAUCACCGAAGAUUUACGAGAUGCGCACGUACUACGUGAAACCUAAAGCUUUUGCUGAGUUCAUGCAGUUAACAUAUGAUUACAUACAUCUAAAGGCUGACAGUAAUUCAAAAUUGAAUGGCUACUGGACAAGUGAUAUUGGUGGACUAAACGAGGUCACACACAUUUGGGAAUAUGACAGCUACACAGAGAAGAUGGAGGCACAAAAAUCUCUUUUGCAAGAUGAAACCUGGGUCAAUAACUACAGAAAGAAAAUACUAAAGAU